GUGCCGGUUUUGUUAUUGUUGAACACGCAAAAAACGCUAAAAGAAAUCACAGAAGUGUAGUGAUAGGGUGUAACCUAGACACAAAUACACACUUUAAUAUUUUGUUUUUUGUACUUAUAUCGAUUGUUUUCUUCCCCACCGUUUCGCUUUGUCCACAAAGCAGAGGUUGAGUAAUAAAUGGAGAAAAGUUGGUUGGUCAUUAAUCUUUGUCAGUGAAACUAGCUAGUCAAACAGUGCUUAAUGACAGCUGCAGUUUCGCUCAAACGAUAGACGCUUUUCUCCGCUGUAAAAGGGCAGGCGUACCUUGGGGAGAGUCUGAGCUCUGACAGGUUCCUUCCUUCUUCCGUUCAUGCAGCUCCAGUCAGACCCGGUUGCGGUACGAACACCCAGCAUACUCCUGUUCGGCUUUCCUCUCCUCUCCUUCAGCCAUGAGAGCUCUGUCCGGGUCCUCAUCUCUCACUGCAGCUCUGCUCUUACUGCUGUCCGCUGGGUUUCAUGUGGUCGCGCUUAAAACUCCUCACCUUCUGGGCAGACACAGAGCUACAAGAAGUUUCUCCCAGCAGGGAACUGUGUUCUACAAAACUUUGUAUUUUGAACAGCAGAUUGAUCACUUUGGGUUUUUGGAGAAUGGCACAUUCAAGCAGAGGUUCCUUUUCAAUGAUGAGCACUGGCAUCAGAAGAACGGCCCAAUUCUGUUUUAUACUGGCAAUGAAGGAGACAUCACAUGGUUUUGUAACAACACUGGCUUCAUGUGGGACACAGCAGAGGAGCUGGGAGCUUUGCUGAUUUUUGCAGAACAUCGCUACUAUGGGGAAUCCCUUCCAUUUGGAGAUGAAUCUUACAGUAAUGCCAAGUAUUUGAACUACCUGACAUCAGAGCAGGCUUUAGCUGACUUUGCAGUGCUGAUUGAAAACCUGAAGAAAAGUUUUCCAGGAGCCCAGAACAGCCCUGUCAUUGCCAUUGGAGGGUCCUAUGGUGGAAUGCUGUCUGCCUGGCUGAGGAUGAAGUACCCCAGUGUAGUUAUAGGUGCUCUAGCUGCUUCUGCUCCGAUAUGGCAGUUCACUGAUAUGGUGCCCUGUGGUGAUUUCUACAAAAUAGUCACGCAAGACUUUGCCAAUAGCGGGAUCAACUGCAGCAAAAACAUCAGGAGGUCGUGGAUGGCUGUCAACAAUGUAUCCUCAACAGAAGAAGGUCUGCAGUGGCUGUAUAAGGAGUUUGGACUGUGCUCUCCAUUGAAGGAAGAGGAUGUGGGUGGCUUUAAGGGCUGGCUCCAGGAGACCUGGGUGAACUUGGCAAUGGUUGAUUAUCCUUAUGAGGCCAACUUCCUCCAGCCCCUCCCACGCUGGCCUAUUAAGGUCGUCUGCUCACACCUUCAGUUUGAUACCGGUGUCUCAGACAAGCAGCUGUUACAUGGCAUCGCUCAGGCAGUGAAAGUGUACUACAACUACACAGGAAGUGCUGUUUGCCUCAACACGUCACAGACUGCUACUGGAAGUCUGGGCUUCAGGGGUUGGUUCUACCAGGCCUGUACAGAGAUGGUGAUGCCCAUGUGUACUGAUGGCAUUCAAGACAUGUUUGAGCCUCAGGUGUGGAACUUCCAGGCAUUCUCUGAUGAGUGCUAUGAAAUAUUUGGAGUGCGGCCACGGGAGCACUGGGCUGGUAGUGUUUAUGGUGGGAAGAACAUUGGCUCCCACAGCAACAUCGUCUUCAGUAAUGGAGGUUUGGACCCCUGGAUGAGUGGUGGUGUUACCAAGAACCUCUCAGACUCUCUUGUGGCCAUUGUGAUCCCUGAUGGAGCUCACCACCUCGACCUGCGCUACAAUAAUGAGUAUGACCCACAGACUGUCGUCCGUGCCCGGGCCCUGGAGGUGCAGUACUUCAAGCAAUGGAUCAAACAUUCAACGCUAACACGAUGACCACUUUUGACUGUUGAUAAAAAUCAUUUAUAAUUUUUUACCUUAGCAUAGAAAGUGCUGUGUGCCAAAGGUAAUUUGUUUACUAAACCGGACCAAAGAAGGUGGUGUUUUUUUUUUGUUAAGUCAGUCAUUCUGAUGAUUGUAUGAACAUGUUUCAUUCUCAACUGAACGCUUUCUUACAUUAGAUAUGCAAAUCACACAUGGACAUUUCCCAUUGAUUGAAGUGUUAUGAUUUUAAUGCAGAGAAGCACUCCAAGUACAUUUAAAUAAUCCUCAGUGGAACAGUUUAAAUAAUGAAAUGUCAAAAGCAAUGAUGAAAAAUAAAACUUUGGAAGAUUAGAA